AUGUCUGUUUGGAAUUUUACAACACAUGAACAGUUGUCAUCGUUUAAAACAGUUGAUGUGACAAGUGUCCAAUGGUUACCUGACGGGGAACAUUUAAUCUUUUCAACAACAACACCAAGAUUACGUGUAAAUAAUGGCUUUGGAAUAUGGCAUUACAGUGGUAAACAGUUAUCCUAUCAACCAGUUGAACGUCGUGCUGUACCUAGACCAGCUACAAUGGAUUUACCAGCUGCUAUCGAUCAUGAAUUAUAUCAAGUAUCAAUUGUAUCUCCAGCGAAAUUGGGUCCACCUCCUGAACCAAAAAGUUUUAUGUCUGCUGCCAAUUCAACUGUCAAUGCAUCAGUGAAUAAACCAGCGUCUGUUUAUGUGCCACCAUCACUUCGUAAUCGUUCUGCAGUAGCCAUUCAAGCGAUGAAAGCAUCUGCGAUAGGCGAUAGUACUAAACUGCCUGUCAAUGCUGAUAAGAAUAGUAAGAAUAAGCAAAGUAAUGCUGUGAAUACAAAUAAAAGUGUCAAUAAUUCAGUAGUAUCUAAAGGUAAAAACAAUAAUGAUGCUACAACUACUGGUGCCAUUCAUCAAACUGCAUCAGAUCCUAAGAAUCAAAAACAAGUUAAUCAAAUAUGUAAGAAAUUGAGUCAAAUCGAGAAACUGAAAGAAGAACAAGCCUCAGGCAAAGCGUUAGCAUUCAAUCAAUUGGAGAAAAUUGCCACUGAACAAGAACUUCGUGAUGAACUGGCUCGGUUGUGCUUAUAA